AAAUCAAAGAGGGUUAUGUUUUUUAUUUAUUGACAAAUUAAAUAACUGAUGGUUCAUUUUUUCGAAAUUAAUCGAAAGAUGAGUCAACAAGAUAGUGUCGAUAAAUAUAUAAAUCAAGCAUGUGAACAAUUUAAUGUAAUUGUAAAACAUCCGAACCUUUUGGAAGUGGUUAGUGAGAGUUUGUACGAGGAGCUAUUAGACGAAAUAAUUCUAGGAAUAUGUUUCGAUGCACAUAGAAGCUACAAACGUGGUCAUCUAAAUCUCGAAGAGAUGCCAUCCCAGUUAGAACAAGUUGAUAAUCUUACGCUUAAUAACCAAGAUUCCAUAAAAUGCGUCUGUCCCAAAUGUAAAAAGCGCUUAGUCGCUUUUAAAUUUGCUUGGCAUUUAAAUAAUUGCAUGGGAUUUGGGCGUAAUAGUACACGUAUUGCAAAUAUGAAAAUUAAUGGGAAGGAUAUGGAUAGUAGUAGUAUUUAUUCGAAUGCGGCAAGCGAUGAUGAAAAUGAUGCUGAUUGGCGUGGUGAGAAAAAACGACGAAAACGUGAUAAUCGUGGUAGCAAUAAGCGGAAGCAUAAAGCUUCUGAACCUGAUAUUGCGGUAUCACGUUCUAUGGGCGCCACAUCGUAUGGAGCAACAACAUCGUCAAGUUUAACAAAUUCGAAGCAAAUUUGUGGGGUAAUUACGAAACAUUCGAAGAAGAAAUGUAAGAACGUGAAUUGCACCCACCAUAUUGAGCAAAGAAAGUCUAUGAAAUGUGAAGGAGAUUCAAUGAAUGUUGAUAUUGAAGGUAAUGACGAUGUUAGCUCAGAAAUGAUUCGAGGAGAUUCAUCGAUUGAUUUAAAUUCGAAUGCAUCGUCACCGGCAAAUUCUUCACAUGGAUCGUCUAGGAAAAAAGAUAAAUCGUCAAAAGGGCGAAGUAAAUCAUCGAAAAAAAGUUCUAGACGUAGUUUAUCAUGUAAUUAAAUUUAUAUUAAAAAAAUUUAUUUAUUGCUUCCAUUUCGUUGUAAAUAUUUUGUGAAA